GUUUCUACCGCACAGGCAUGGACUGACGUGGACGAUCAUUGAGGCUCUAUCAGAUCGCAUCUCCCAGCGGACAGGAAAGGAUGUCAUGGCUGCUCGCGGAUAGAAGUGCAGCCUAAAAAUGGCAGAAGAGGAGAGAACCGAGCGGAAACAAUGCCUGAUAGACCAGACGAGAGGGCAUAGGACAACAUCAUAUUACAUAGACGAGUGGCCGGGCGGGAGUAAGGGUCUGAAGGCAAAUUCUAGCAAGAGGCCAGCAGCGCGGCUUCUGAACGCUCUCUGGGUGUAGAAUGUGUAGAGAAGAGAGAGAGAGUAACAAACG